UUAGUUAAUACCCUUAUUGCUUUAAAGUUUAUUUGUUAAUGGUGUAGACAUGGCGAACUCGGAAUCAGGAUCUGAUUCGGGAGCAGAAAAUGAGUGUCCAACCACAAUACGUACACGAGGGCCGACGCAAAUGAAUGAAAUAUCCAAACUAAUGGAUCAGGGCAAAAGAGUGGCCCUCGAAGUUAAUGAUAAAGGUCAAUACUGUGGAAAAAGCUAUGCGAAGCUCGUAUCCACUCUAGGAGUCAGAUGUCGGCAGACAAUAGGGUUGACCUAUAAAAACUGGAAAGAAGUCAACCCGACUCUGAAAAAUAAAGUUUGGAAAGACAUUCAGACGGGGUUCAUUGUGCCGGACUCCUUCAAACAUGAUUGUCUCAUCCUAGCUGGGAAGUUAAUGAAAGACUUCAAGAAUAGGAUGACAAAAGACAUCAUAAUGCCCGCGUUGAAAGAGAAUGAUCUGGGACGACUGGCACAAGUCCCUGAAAAGCACCCCGAGAUCGACGCUGCUGAUUGGUGCAAAUUUGUUGAAAGUCGACUAACUCCUGAAUUUCUGGAAUUGAGUAAGGUGCAACGUGAACGUUUUGUUGGGUUUUAUGCCCUAAAUAAAACUCUGUUUCAAUGUAAUCCAGAUUAUUCUAUAUCAAUAAAGUAACAGAAGUAAUUUUUCAUUCACUUGUGUAUGUUUUGGUUCACUUAAUCAAUUGCUUGUCUAUUUCAUUUAUAAAUUCAUCCAAACCCCUUUCAGAUACUUGAACAUGUUUAUUGUGUUGUCAGCACAGUGGAAAAUAAACAUGACUAUGUGAAUAAAGUAUUCCUAGAUUUAUCAGAACACUGGGUUUCACUGAUAUGACAAUCUACAACAGAGUUUACUUACAUUUGGAGAAAUGUUAUGUUCUUUCCAGAACAUAGGUUAAAGUAAAGCUCAGGUUGGAUGCAUGGAGUAUGCAUUGGAAUGGACCGAUAUUGAACUUUGAAUUAGAUUUUGAAACUUACCGUAAACAUCUAUUCAAAUCAAUAUCAGAAGUUGAUCCUAGAUCACAUGAUCUAAAUCCUGAUAUGGUUAGGCUUAAUUUCAAGAGUGUUAUUC